AUGGCCUCAACGCCCUCUCCGGUUUCAGGCGUGGGGCUGCUGUCCAUCCCGUACGCGCUGGCGGAGGGCGGGUGGCUCAGCCUGGUGCUGCUCCUCCUCGUCGCCAUCGUCUGCUGCUACACCGGCCAGCUCCUGCAGACGUGCAUGGGCGCGUCGCCGGACGUGCGCGGCUACCCGGACAUCGGCGCGCGCGCCUUCGGGGCCAAGGGCCGCUUCGCCGUCUCGGCCUUCAUGUACGCCGAGCUCUACCUCGUCGCCAUCGGCUUCCUCAUACUGGAGGGGGACAACCUCGACAAGCUGUUCCCGGGCGCCAGCCUCAGCCUCGGCGGCGUGCUCCUGCUCUCCGGCAAGCACCUCUUCAUCGUGCUCGUCUCCAUCGUCAUCCUGCCCACCACGUGGCUCAGGAACCUGGGCGUGCUCGCCUACGUGUCGGCCAGCGGCGUGCUCGCGUCGGUCGUGCUGGUCUUCUGCGUGCUCUGGGCCGCGGUGGUUGACGGCGUCGGCUUUCAGGGGAAAGGCACCAUGCUCAACGUCAGCGGCCUACCCACCGCGCUCGGACUCUACACUUUCUGCUACUGCGGCCACGCCAUAUUCCCGACAUUGUGCAAUUCCAUGAAGGAAAAGGACAAGUUCUCCAAGGUACUGGUCAUAUGCUUCGUGGCAUGCACCCUCAACUACGGAUCCAUGGCCAUACUGGGCUACCUCAUGUACGGCGACGACGUCGAGUCUCAGGUGACCCUGAACCUCCCGGAGGGCAAGCUCAGCUCCAAGCUAGCAAUCUACACGGCGCUGAUCAACCCGUUCUCAAAGUACGCUCUGAUGGUGACCCCCGUCGCGACAGCGAUCGAGGAGAAGCUGCUUGCUGGCAACAAGAGGUCCCUCAACAUGCUCAUCAGGACCUUCAUCGUCAUCAGCACGGUCAUCGUGGCCCUCGCCGUCCCCUUCUUCGGCCACCUCAUGGCGCUCGUCGGCUCGCUCCUCAGCGUCAUGGCCUCCAUGCUGCUCCCGUGCAUUUGCUACCUCAAAAUCUUCGGCACGGCGAGGUGCAGCAGGGCCGAGGUCGCGCUGAUCGUCAUGAUCAUCGUUCUCGGCUCCUUGGUUGCCGCAAGUGGGACUUACUCUUCUCUGCAGAAGAUCAUUCACGAGUUCUGA